UACUUCAGAAAAAUCUAAAAAAGCUGCCCCAUUUUCUACUCAUAAACAGUACCAAAACUACCAAAUUUUCACUCUUUAUAACAACUAGGUACCACUAUAAUUAAACUACUCAUAACUUCCACUUCCAUUAUCAUCUUCUCAUUUUUAAGCUCUCUUGCUUUCUUAUUAGUUGGUUGGGAUUAAUGGAGACACUUAGAACCCCUCUUCUCAACUGGCCUUACUACUAUCAAGGCAAGAACAUAGAAGAGCUGAAGCACUCAUUGGUAUGCACAACACUUGAGCUAGAAACAACAAGAUUAGCAGCUCAAGAAGAGAUUAGGAAGAGGGAAGAACAAUUAACCCAUCUCAAAGAGUUGCUUAAUAAAGCUGUUAGUGAAAGAGAUGAAGCUCAAGAAAACUACAAAACCCUCCUCCUUGAAAAACUCCUCAUCCAACAACAACAACAACAACAACAACAACAACAACAACAACAACAACAACAACAAAUAGUACACUCUGGAUCAUCUUCGACCAUCGAAGACGUGCUCGAAGAUGAGCCUACUUCAACAAGAACAUUAGUAAAUCCCAACAACAACAACAACAGCAACAACAGCAGCAACAACAGCAGCAACAACAGCAGCAACAACAACAACAACAACAACAACAGUGGUGGCAAUUUGUCCUCUUCAGACGGUGAAGAGAGCAUAAUAUCAUUACCGCCGUCAUCCGGUGUACCGGAAAACGCCCUACGGCUAUUAUCACCCAAAAAGCCACUACCCAAAAAAGGGGAGCUAUUACAGGCAGUGAUAAAGGCAGGACCACUACUUCAAACACUGCUGUUAGCAGGGCCACUCCCUCAGUGGAGGCACCCGCCGCCGCCAUUGGAGAAUUUCGACAUUCCUCCGGUAACAAUACCGGCUGCGCCAGUUACCCCACCGGAGGUUGUUGUUGAUCAAGAAGAGUAUCUAACAAAUGGGACUAAUUAUAAUAAUAAUAAUAAUAUUUGUGGGAGUGUUAACAGGAAAAGAGGGUUUGCCUUUUGUAAUGGUGUUUUUAAUGGUUCUUCUAAUGAGGCUAGUAAGUACCAAAGGGUACUUCUUCAUUAGUUAGUAAUUAAUUAUGAUUAUAAUGGUAGUUAAUUUUAGCUGGAAAUGCAGCUACUGGAACUGGUUUUGUGGGUUUUUUGUUAAUUAUUUACCAAUUAUUAGGGUCAAGGAAGAAGUUGUUUAUCACACUCCUUAAUUAUUAGAA